AUGGUCCGAGCAGGAAAACGCCAAAACACCCAACCGCGCGAGGAAACCUCCGUGGCCCCCGCAACAUUCACAGACGGCCUCCCCCUCCCUAAACUGAUCGCAUUCGACCUGGACUACACACUGUGGCCAUUCUGGGUCGAUACGCACGUCAGUGCACCCGUAAAGGCGCGAGACAAUAACUCACGUAUCGUUGACCGAUGGGGAGAAUCUUUCGCCUUCUACCCAGCCGUAUCCUCCAUUAUUUACGCCUGCAAAAGCCGCUCUAUCCCCAUGGCCUUGGCCUCACGAACCCAUACCCCCGAUCUAGCCCGUGACCUCCUCAAAGCACUACACGUUAUCCCGACAUUUUCAGACAACCCCGGGGCAAACACGAAAACGACACGCGCACUGGAAUACUUUGAUUACAUUCAGAUCUUCCCGGCGAACAAAACGCAGCAUUUUUCGCGUAUUCAGCAGGCGAGUGGGCUUGAGUAUGAGGAGAUGUUAUUCUUUGAUGAUGAGGCUAGAAAUCGGAAUGUGGAGACAGAGUUGGGGGUUACGUUCUGUUUGGUUAGGGAUGGGAUGACGAGGGAGGAGGUUGAUCGGGGGGUUUGGUUAUGGAGGAAGAGGAAUGGGAUCAAGAAGGUGGAUGAGGAGUAG